GCUUGCUGGUGACGUGCGGGCUCAGCUCCUGGAGCGGCCAGAGGACACAGCGGGGAAAGGAAGGAGCAGAGUGAGGGGAGCCGCCGGCUCGGAGUGAGAGAGAAAAAGACGCACGGAGAGAAGCAGCGGGAAGGCGCGGACAGGAAGAAUGGGAACCAGGACGACGACGACGACGACGACGACCAGCCUGGGCAUCCUGAUGCUGCUGGUUUACAGCGCGGGCGCCUACACAGACCCUAUAAUAGUUACGGAUCCUUCCAUCUUGGAGGCAGGGGAAAUUUCAACAGAAACAACACUUCGCUGCAACCUGACAAAUCCACCGUCUUCAAUUGCGGGGCAUGUGUGGAAAAAGGAUGGCGAGAAUAUCUCAUCCACCCGUGAUGAAGAGGCUUCAACAAUUAUGGAAUAUAAGCUGACUGCUGUUGAUGCAAAACAUUCAGGGGUGUACAGCUGCUGUUAUUUUACUACACCUCCUGUCAAUAAUUCCAUCCUUGUGAAAGCUCCACCUGGUGUGAGCAGCGACAAGAAAUCUGAACAUGGAAAUGAAGGAGAUGUUGGAGUCCUGACAUGCAAGAGUAGUGGGUAUCCACCAGUUGAGAGCUGGUUGUGGUCCCGGAAUACUAAAGGCGGUAAUGAGAUAAUUGUCAAUGGAACAAAGAAAUUUCAAAUCAAGAUUGCAGGAAAUAAGACAGAGUUGCGCAUCUAUCCUCUGAAUAUUGAAGACGACCAAGGAGAUUACUCAUGCAAUGCAACUAAUGAGAUUGGUACAAGAGCGGAGAUUAUUCACCUUCGAGUUCGUGGCCGUUUUGCUGCUCUCUGGCCCUUUUUGGGAAUCGUUGCAGAGGUGAUUGUGCUCGUUGCAAUUAUCUUCAUUUAUGAGAAAAGGAGAAAGCCUGAUGAAAUUUCAGAUGAUGAUGAACAAGGAUCUGCACCCUUGAAAAGCAAUGCAUCCAUGAAUCAUAAGGAUAAAAAUGUCAGACAGCGAAACUCCAACUGAUUCAAUUUUAUCCUUCAGGAAAGGAGGAGGCCUAUACAAGUUUAAGCAAGAAUGGACUGAUUUUGUAGUUGGUAUGGACAAUGCCAUCUUCAACACAAUUAAAGUAUUUGAUCUAUUCAGAUCCUAAAGCAUUCAGAUCUCUACAGAAAAAGAUAAAACUUAAUAAUUUAACUGCUGGUGCCUUUCAACCCACUGUAUAAUGCCAUUGGUACUAGCAGUCAAUUGGUUAAAGAGACCGUAUAUAUAUAUUUUCUAGGCCUAUCUCACCUGUAUAAACUGGACUAAAAUGCUCCUGGUAAAGAUUUUCUUUUUCUUAGUUAGACUGAAAUCAAUUUGUGUUCUAUUACGUAUAAAUGAUAGCUAAUAUGUCAUUCUGUUAUAAACUACAGAUUAUCAUAAUUAUUUUCACACGGCUGGAAUUUGUGAAUGCAAAUGCUUCAUCCUCCAAUUUCUCAGAUGUAGACCAAUGGGUGUGCUGUCUCAGUUCUGCAUGUUUAGAGUGGCAUUGGCUUCUGCAGUACGUAGUAUGAUGCUGGUGAAUCGCUGUAAUGUAUUCAAGUUGUUCCCACCAUUAUACUGAUACAUUACUAAGAAAAUGUUACUUUGGUAUUUAAAUGCAGUGAUUGCAGGAGUCUUCCAUUACCAUUCAAAAUGACCGGGUAACACUCUAGUCCACAACUUUAUCUUUACAUUUGAUAGAGAAACAAGAUGAGGAGUAUUAUUUCCCUCUGCCGGGAAACUGGGCAGAAUGGAAGUUAAAGUUUUAAGCCCCACUGCCACUGGUUUUGUGGUCAGCUGAGGAGAUUGCUUGAAUUGGGCAGAUGCCUUGUGAAUAUGCAUAAAACAAGGCCCUUUUGUGUAAAUAGAGCUCAAAUGCCAUUGACAUUGGUUGCUCAGAAAAAUCCCUCAGCCAAGAACUUAAGGCUGUCAAAGGUGAAAAAUGUACUUUUCUAGGACCAGAACAUGCAAGAUUGUUCCUCCAGGCCCCAUUAUAAGCUGGACUUCUGCCACCUUGGACUUGAACCACAGCCUUCCAGGUGUGCCUUGCCCGAAUCUAGCAAUCUAUAUUGGAUCACCUGUUUUGUGGUCACUUUGCAGCUCUCUGGUUUCCUGUUGAGAAAUCACUCAGUAAUGGAGGCUCUAAAAUGUUAAACAUACUUGAGUUAUUUGCAAAUGCUUUUCAUCUUUGAGCUUAAAAUUAUUGUCAUCUGCCCCUCCUUGUAUUACUGGUAAGAUUGUGUAUAGUCUGUUAUCUUAAGAGUAAACUAUUUUAUUGUCUUAUAAACUGCAAUCCCCAGUAGACUGCAGCUGAAUAUAUUUAUGGCAGAGUGUGUUGCUACCGUUCUGUUAGUGGUAAUAUUGAUGGAGCUUGGAUUGGCAAUAUUUUUGUUGUCCUUUUGUCCAGGAAAGAAAAGGCCCAAUUAAUAUGGUGGUCAUUUUAUUGCUUAUGGUUUCCACCUUUUUAACCUUCAAAACGUGUUCCUCUGAAGGGUCAACUUUGAUCGGUGUUUGAAAUAAUUUUGCUCUAGCGACAUUGUUAAUUUUGUGUUUCGUAAUUGAUUUUCUUUAAAUUUGAUAGGCACAAUAUGAUCAUUGUCAGUUAUACUUGUAUUGAAAUCCUCGAGUGAGAAACCUUUAGAAAUUUAUCUGAUUUGAUUUGAAUUGAACCAUUUUGUAAAGAUGGGGGUUAGUUUAUAGCAUUGAAUCAUCACACUGUACUAAUGUUUGGUCGUGUUAAGUGUAAUGCACUAACUUGUUUGUGCUCUGUACUGCUGAAGUAUAAUAAUUCUUUACAAUGAAACUUGAUAACUUUUUCAUGUUGCCACACCGCCUCACCAAUAUGCGAUACCGAUGUCAGAAUUCACAUCAAUAAAAAUUCUUUUGAUUUUA